AUGAAAUUACUUUAUACAGUACUUACACUGAUACCAUUGGUAUUAGUUUUGGCCCAGAAGGAUCCGGUGCAAGAAGCCAUUGUGAUUGACGCUGGCACACAAGAAACUACUCAAUUCGGUACCAAAAUCAACAACACAGACAGUCUUACUGCCGGUGAACGUGGUCCAACUCUUUUAGAGGACUUUAUGCUCAGAGAAAAAGUCAUGCAUUUUGGUAAGAUUCCUGAACGUGUAGUUCAUGCUCGCGGCGUUGGUGCCCAUGGUUAUUUCCAAACUUAUACAAAUUGGUCCAAUAUUACUGCUGCCAACUUUUUACAAGAUCCUGAAACAAAGACACCUGUAUUUGUUCGUUUCUCUACUGUUUUGGGGUCCAGAGGGUCUCCAGAUACAGUAAGAGAUGUUCGUGGUUUUGCUACUCGAUUCUAUACGCAAGAAGGUCUUUGGGAUUUAGAUGCCAUCAAGUUUCCAGACUUGAUUCAUGCUGCUAAACCUGAACCUGACAAGGAAGUCCCUCAAGCUGGAACUGCACAUUGUACAUCGUACGAUUUCUUUUCUCAACAUACCGAGAGUAUGCACACCGUCAUAUGGGCUUUAUCUGGUAGAGGACUUGUUAAAAGUUUCAGACAGGUAGAAGGAUUUGGAGUUCAUACGUUUCGAUUAAUCACUGAGGAUGAAAAAGUUGUGUUUGUCAAGUUUAUUUGGAAACCAUUGCAAGGUCUCUCCAACUUGGUCUGGGAUGAGGCGCAAAAGAUUGCUGGUAAAGAUAUUGAUUACCAUCGCAACGAUCUUUACACUGCCAUUGAAAAUGGUGAUUUCCCCCAAUAUGAGCUUUGUGCCCAAAUUGUACCCGAAGAGGAUGAAGACAUGUAUGACUUUGACUUACUUGAUGCUACCAAAAUUAUUCCUGAAUCUAUUGUCCCUGCUCAAUGCUUAGGAAAAAUGACGCUCAAUCGCAACGUUGACAACUUCUUUUUAGAGACGGAACAAAUUACGUUUCAUUUAGGUCACAUUGUACGUGGUAUCACUUUUACCGAUGAUCCUCUCUUACAAGGUCGCUUAUUUAGUUAUACCGACACUCAGGUCAAUCGUAUGAACUCUGUCAAUUACAUGCAAUUGCCUAUCAACCAACCCUUGAAUCCUGUACAUAACAAUCAGCGUGAUGGCUAUAUGCAGCGUAAUGUGUACACGGGAAAAGUGGCUUACUAUCCCAACACGCUUCAAAAUAAUACCCCCGCAGUAGUUUCCCCACAAGAAGGUGGUUAUUUGGAAUACCCAGAACAAGUUUCCAAGAAACAGCGUGGUAAAUCCGGAAAAUUCGCUGACCACUUUUCUCAAGCACAGUUAUUUUACAAUAGUUUAACUACCUUUGAACAACAACAAGUGGUCGAUGGUGCACGCUUUGAAAUCGGAAAAUGCAAUAAUAAUUCAGUACGUGAGAACAUGGUGCAAGCCUUGAACCAUGUCGAUCAUAAUUUGGCUGUACGUAUUGCUACCUAUUUGGGUUUGAAUUCACCACAAGAUAUCUACCCCAACGCUAACAUGACCUCGGUUGGGCUCUCCAUUGAGAAAUACAAGCUACCUGAAAACAUCAGAGCCAAAAAAGUAGCCAUCUUGACAGCCCCUGGCAUUGACAAAGAUCAAGUGGAGCACAUGUUUAAAUUCUUAACAGAGAAGGGUGCCUAUGUCGAUUUGAUUGGUGUUGAAAUGAACAAAGAUGUCGCUCAGACUUACUUGACAGCUUCCUCGGUCCUUUAUGAUGCCGUGUAUGUUCCCAAUGGUAAUCAAGAAGCAUUUGAUACUUUGAAGGGAGACACAUCUUUAUUCCCGUAUGAAGAACCUGCCAUGUUUAUAUUGGACGCUUAUCGUCAUGGUAAACCCAUUGCUGCUUCUGGACUUGGCAAGUCAUUACUCAAAGCUGCACGCUUACCUAACAGUGUACUAGACAAUUCUGCAUUGCAAGAGCAAAAAAAGUAUGGCGUGCUUAUUAUGGAUGACUCGGAUGCACUUUAUCAACACUUUGAACAAGCGAUUCGUAAACAAAGAUUCUGGAUUCGUUUACCUUUGGACCCCAAUGCCACACCCUCUCCCACUCAAUAA